UACACAAUUGACCCCGAUGGUACAGGUCCGUUUGAUGUAUUUUGUGACCAAACAACAGCUGGCGGCGGGUGGAUUGUGUUCCAAAAGCGACUUGAUGGCUCGGUUGAUUUCUAUCGCGGUUGGACAGACUACAAAGUUGGCUUCGGUAACUUGAAAGGUGAGUUUUGGCUGGGACUAGAGAAGAUAAACAGGUUGACGAAAACAGGAAACAGACUUCGAGUAGAACUGGAAGAUACUACAGGCAAAGCUGUCUAAGCUGAAUACGAUAUGUUUGCAGUUACCAGUGAGAGGACUAAGUAUAAGCUAAGUCUUGGAACGUACUCAGGUAAGUCUAAUUUUGAGGUUAAAUGUUCCUUUCUGCCUACAAUCGGUGACAACAGUGUUGAGCCAGUGUGGUUAAAUGGGGGCAUAUUUCGGAGAGCAAAACAACCUGACCCCUUUCCCCCACCCCUCCACUUAAAGUUGGGUUUAGUGCUUUAUUGUUUGCUGCAGGUGGCUAAUGAACAGCGGAACAGCAUUCAAAAGAGGGGCUGGUAGGGAAAGCUUCAAUUUUCGUUUUCGAAGUGAGUAAUGGCGCGCAAAAACGACGAGCAGAAAAAAGGGAAAAGUGUCAAAAUUAUUAGAAACGAACAAGCAUCAUGGCGAAAAGGAACAAUUUGUAAUUUUAAGUGAAUGAGGCCUACAUAAUAAUUAAUCCUUUAAGCCCCAACAUUAACACGCAUCUUCUCCACACUGUUCUUUAUACAUUCCUUAUGGCACUGCUUGAGAGAAUUUUCUCUAACAUCACAACAUUUCAUCUUUGGCGAUUAUUUCAUUAAUUCUCAUGACCUGUCUGUUUGAUCAGGGAGUGUUGGGAGAAAUUGGAUGCUGGUCACUACUGUGGCUUAAAGGGUUGAAGAAAAAGCAAUAGACAAUUUUAAAAAACAGAUGAAUGUGCGCCGAAAGCUGUCAAAGCUAAUGGCUAUCAAGUUGACCAUUACUGCAGGAAAUAAAAACUACGGUAACCUUUAUAAUUGCAUGAGAAAUUACCCUUUUUCAUAAGACCAUGAACUGAUAAAAUCAUUUAACAAUUAAUGAAUGAGGCUGAGCAUCUUAUAAAGAAUUAUGGAGAUCGAGGAGGCUGUUAUCCGUCGAGGCCGUCGGCCAAGGCGGAUAAUACCCUCCGAGAUCUCCAUAAUUCUUCAUAUGAUACGAAGGCCGAAUUCAACAAUUGUUUUAUUAUUCAUUCAAAAUAAUUCCUAGUUUAAAAACAUAGCUAAAACAUGCUUACUUCCAUCGAUCCACCGAUGUCAAGUUCAUCUUCGAUAGUGCAUGUUUAGGGUUGUUCAGCUCCGCAAAUAUUCUCCAAAUAGCAGAUGGCGCCCUUCGAGUUGUCUUCUUGCUGUGUUUGCCAUGUUUUUAGCUAUUAUCUUGCCUAGUUCUUACUCUUGAAACGAGUGAAUUGUCCGCCAUUUUUGUUUCCACAACCAAAACAACUCAACCUCGUCACCAGGUCUUCCCGGUUUACGGUGCAUUAACCUGCAAAAACGCUGCAUUUUUGACGUCAUUCCCUCGCUAAACACAAAAUUCUUCCAAAUUUGGUCAUCAGCAACUGCUUAUCGUGAAUUAUGCGAGUGCUUUUAGCCAAUCAGAAUCGGGAAAAUGUUUUGAAUGAAUAAUAAUAGUUAUAAAAUAACUAAGAUAGUACGCACGCUCUGAUUGGCUGAGAGGCGUGUUUGCAUGAGAGUAUGUAAACAUGGUUGUGGCGUCAAGAUGUUUUGCUUUUCGCGCGCUAAUCACGCAAGCACGAACUUGAAAAAGUUUUCAAGUUCACAACUCGACAAAUUUACUUUAUUUAUCCAUUCGUUCGUCGGCUGAAACUUGGGAAAUCGUUACAAAAAAAGUGUCAAUUUUUUUUCGCUGAAGCUGACAUUUUAAGCGAGAAAAGUCCGUAUUUUGGAAAGCAUUCUUUUUGCAAAACAAGAACUGAUUACGCGUGCAAGACUUCGUGGACAAGACUUUGCUUUUCUCUUUUAAUCAUUGCCCUACAAAGAGUUUUGCGUUUUUCCUCGGGAAAUUUAUUUUAUAAAAGCAAUAGAAAACUUUUUUCCUGUGUGUGUUUGUUUGCAAACACGGAAAACGUUUUCUAUUGCUUAAUUAAUAACCAUUAAAUAUGAAUUAAAUGAUAAAUAUAACAUACUGAAUAACGAUUAAAUGUUUGAUAAGAAACUCAUUAUCUGAUUUUGCUGGAAGGAACUGCUGGAGAUUCUCUAUCGGCUCACCGCGGUUUACCAUUUACAACCCAAGAUCAGGACAAUGACAGACAUAAAACUGUGAACUGUGCUGUUAGCCAUAAAGGUGGCUGGUGGUAUGGCAGUUGUCACAGUUCCAAUCUGAACGGCUUGUACCUUCACGGACAACACUCGUCAUACGCAGACGGUGUCAACUGGUUCGCGUGGAAAGGAUACAAGUACUCGGCAAAAAGAGCAGAAAUGAAGAUCAGGCCACAAACGUUUUAA